UUGAGCCAGUCAAAGCCACCGAACGUACGCCAUGUUGAUUCUCAAUGCCGCCCCGAGAAGACGCGAGAUGAAGCUGCUGCGCUCAAGGCCCUUCGGCGUGCCGAGAUUGAACGACGCGCUAUGUUGAUCGAACCCCCUCUGCCACCAAACGUCCUUGUUCACGUUCCCUCUUUCCAAGCUGCGAUCCAGAUCACCGCGCCAGUGGAUGACAACGCAUGGGAAUUGCUGAGACCUAGGCUGCUUGCUCAGCGAGCUGAUGCCGAGGAAAGGGAGAACGAAAUCAUUGAAAAGGGUCAAACGACUGUUGUCGCGGCGUCUGGUUCAAUACCGAAGGAGGUCACUGAUAAGGAUUGGGAUGAUAUCCAAGGACCAGUACGCUCUAGGAUGGCUAGGUACGCCGACGAGAUGAUUCGCAAUACCUGGGGGAAAGGCCGUAAGGUCAACAAAGAGAACAGCCCGCGAUUUGCUGCCGAGGUCUUGCUCUCUGUGCGGGCAAGAUUUUACGCAGAUGUGGCAGAAGAUGCUGCGGCUGCACUCGCAGCUGGCCGGCAACCACAAGUCGAUCCUCCAGAAGGACCAUUCACACAGAAACUUACACUCGAAAAUAUGAAAUGGGUCUUUGAUAUGAAGAUCAAAGCCCACACCGAGUCAUAUCGUAAGGAGCUGUUUCUAUGCAAUGGUUGCGACAGCAACAGAUUUUACGGUUUCGAGGGCGUCAUACAACACUAUGCGGCAAAACACACAAAAGUUUUGAGCGUAGGCAACGUCGUGGUUCAUUGGCGAGCAGAAUGGCCGGAAGAACCACCAUUCAAUCCCAAUCCUCGAGGAUCCAAGAACUCACGCCAUGGCCCAAGUCAGCAACAACAUACAAAAUCCUCUGUGCCAGCUCAUCAAGACAAGAAUGCUUUCUCGUCGAACGGGAACGUUCCUCAUUCGCUCCCGCCACACCCCGAUUCAGCUGGACCUGCACUACCUCCGACUUACCCGUUCCAGCACUUUGAUCCUUAUAGUCCGCCACCAGCGUAUUUUGUCGACGGCUCCUUUCCGCGCGCUCCUUACUCUCUGGGCUACGGCGCGACCGGCGCACUGCAGCCUCCUCUAGCCAUUACGAGCUACGGGCAGUACUACUCGGGUGCACCGGAAUAUCCUCCGACUAUGGUGUCGCCAUCUUUACCAGUUCCGAAUCAGCACAAUGGUAUUGGAUUUCAUGGUCAGGCCCGGCCACCGUACUCCGCACCGCAAAACAUGCCGUAUCCGCGUCCUUAUCACGCCCAACUUGACGAUCUUGCCCAGAACGCAAAAAGCGUGUGGAAUUCCCUCUCCAGUGUCAAGGACCUCCCGGGGCCUUUGAAAGUCUACGUUACUAUCCACCAGGUAUUGAAUAGGUUUGAGUCGAAGUACUUCGAGAUACCCUCUUUGAGAAUGUUCAAUGAUGGCUUGUCGAACCACAAGGAAAUGCGUCCUGUCAGGAACAUCAAUGGCCUCCUGUGCCGAGCAUGCACAUUGGGCUUGGGCAACGCCCCGUACAUCAGUCACGACAGGAAGAGUUUCUCUCUCCCACAGCUCGUCAACCACUUUGAGAAUCGCCACGUUAACGCGCCAUCUGUUGAGUCGCAAAGCCAGUCGGGUUUAGACUGGACACAGGACAUGGUGUUGCUGCCAGAAAUGCAUGAAAUGUCUGCUUUCCAGACUAAUCUUAGGAGUAGGGGUCACCAAUUCAACCUUGUCUACGGGGUUGCCCCUUGGGUGUUUAAUCUUACCAAGCCUGACGUCAGUUCAAAGCCCCAGUGGCUUCCAGCUUCCGGAUAUCCUCAUGACAGCUCGUCUCGGCAGUUCGAAGACACUGGACCGACUUAUCCAACCUUGCCAGCAGGCAGAGACGUCAUGCAACCCAGCUGGUCAGAUUCCGACUACGCUGCAGAGACGGCAGCUACCCAUCAAGAAAAUCAUCUUCACGGCGGGACAGAUGCAGUGGGGUGUAACACUCGACCGCCGGCGCCUCACAGCUCUCACUGGGAGAGCGGCACAGCACGUCAUUCAGUUUCAAGCCGUUACGGACCUCACGCAGAGAUGAAUGGUCGACAUCACCGUGAUUUCCCCCCUGGCCAUCGCCUAUAUUCCUCUCAGGGGCUUUCCAACGAGGAACGAAACAUCGUUCGCGGACAAAUCCGUGCUCCUGAAAUGCACCCUACUGGAUCGCCAAUCGAGCCCGAUAGGGGGUACAGUAUGGAGCGCGGAACAAGAUACCAUCAAUCUGGCCAGGCAGAGCCUGUCCGGCCCCGUCCCGGGCCGAGGCAAAGCUCAACAAUACCACAAGAGAGGCUACUUGGCAGUGACGGCUCCAUGACAGUAGCCGACCACUCGAAGGUGAUACGAGCAAACCAGCCUGACGACUUCAGUCUGACUGCUGCUCUAGAGUCACACCUGGCUCAAGAGCGCGACGAGCCUCUGCGACAGCAGAAAUCCGAAACAUCCAAUCCAGAACGUCAACGGGUGGUGAGGGAUCUAAAGCACGGACGAAGGUCCGUCCCUCAGGACGACCGAUAUCAAGAUGUGGAGCACUAUCACGGGUCUCAGGCUCGAGGCCGAGUUGAAGAGAGAUACGGUCGCUAUGAAACCGCUGAAGUGUUCAGAGGUCGAUACUACCCCGACUCUUACGGGGCUACAGAGCUACAGAGACGGGCAGGUCCUCACUUUCCGGACCGUUUGCCUGACCGACGCGAGGCGGAAUACUUGCGCACCGACGAAAAUCGUUCCUUGCCGUUGCGCUAUGAGGAAGCUUACGAAGAAACCUACGAGAUUGUUCACGUGCGGGACGCGGAGGGCGAGUAUGUCAUACGACGGCCGAUACUGCGGGAGCGUGAGCCCUCUCGUAUGUUGCACGAUGACCACUACCCAGCACAUCCGGAACGAAACACGCACCUGCCGUCUCGCCCCGAUCCCGUUUAUGACCCACCCGUCCAUGAAGGCAGGCCUGCCGCCCGAACGCCUUUGACACGAAUGCGAGAACACUCAGCUAUGCAUUCCCGAGCGGCAGUCGAUACGCUAUCUCAUGAGGAGUACGAUCCUCGAAACCCGGCCCCUGUGGGCCCGCCUAGCGUUGGACGAGAUUACGGUCGCUGA